AUGGCUCGUGCUAAACAUGAAAAUCAACUUGUUCUUAGUAUUCAACGAAAAUUAAAGAAAGCUAAUGCUAUUAUUCGACGAACAGAUAAAAGCAAAAUAUUUUAUAUCUGUAGUAGUAAAGAAUUUGAACAAAAAGCAAUCGAUUAUAUGAAAAAGACGGGAGCCUAUCAAGAGAUCACCAAUGGCAUCAAUCCACUUGGUAAUAUUCGACAUUUAAUUACUAAUUUAUUGGAUAAUCUAAAAGAAAAAAAAUCUAUUACCAAUGAACAAUGGAAGAACAUGUUACCCAAUCUAAGAAAUUGUGAACUACCACAUCUUUAUUUCAUACCAAAAGUACAUAAGGUACGUAGUUUCUUAUCAAGUUUAUAUAUUUUUCUUACGCUCCAAUUUAUUGUAAAAUUAUCUUGUCCUUUUUUUAAUUUUAAUUUUAUCAGGAUCAAUGUGCCAUUAAGACCGAUCAUGUCGUUUAAAGGAUCACCAGCUAUAAAUAUUUCUAAAUUCUUAAACGCUCUAUUGGCUCCAAUUUAUCUACGUAUGGCUCGAAAAACAACAUAUAUCAGUGGAACUGAUUUAAUUCGUCAACUUGAAAACUACAGAAAUAAUAGUCGUCUUCAAACAACAACAUUAUUUAUUAUUUUUGAUGUUACUGAUCUUUACACCAUGAUACCAAGAGACGGUGCUUUGGAUGCUUUAGCUCGAUUCUUGAAUAAAUAUUCAAACAAUAGAAAAAUUGGUAAUUUAUCCAUUGAUACAAUUCUACGAUUGUCUCGAAUGGUUUUAGGUGGCGCUAUGGGAUCGCCUUUCACAAUGGUGUUGGCCAAUAUUUACAUGUUAGACUGGGAACAAAAAUUAAUUGAAGAUCAAGAAUCUGAUAAGGAACUCUAUGGCCGAUAUAUUGAUGAUGUUUUCAUGACAACCAACUUAUCCCGUGCAGAUAUCAUCAAACGAUUAGAUGAGGCCAAUAACAAAGAUCCAAAUAUCAAAAUUACAUAUGCAGUGCAAUCAGCCGUCGAUUUUCUCGAUGUCGCCAUCGAAAAUAAAGAUCAAAAAUUAAUAACAUCCGUAUUCCAUAAACCAGCUGCUGAAUCGUGUGUAUUACCAUUUUCAUCGGAUCAUCCACGUUAUACACAUCGAAAUACUAUUUAUUGCGGUCUACUUCGUGCUGUUCGCUUUUCCUCCGACGUCUAUCAUUUCGAUCAUGAACGAUUCAAUUUUGAAUUAACAUUAAUCAUGAGUGGCUACCCAUUGUCUUUCAUCAAUCUUCAUUUCAAACGAUUCUUCGAAGCAAACAAAGCCAUGAACGUUUGGAAAUACUUAGAUGACAAUACUUAUCAACAAUUGCACCGCAAACUUCUCUAUCAAUCGACAAGAAAUGAGAUAAAACAACUUCCAGUCAAUUCAACUAUCGAUCAAUAUAUUCCUAAAACAAAAAUCUGGGAUCGUCAACGAUUAAUUCUACACUACAAGUAUGAAAGUGGCCCAAUCAUCAAAUACCGGCGAGAAUUCCAUCAACUUUGGGAGAAAUACUAUGUUCAUCGUGAAUCUCUCUUGAAAAACGUUCGUCUCACCAUAGGCACCACCAACAAUCCAUCAUUAGAACGACGACUUGUCAAAAAGAAGCCACCAUCUGAUUUUCUCGCCGACAUUCACGUCAACUAA